GGUUCUAUAGGGGUUCCAUGGGGCUCCGUUCCCGCCCCUCAGGCCCCGCCCCCGGAAGCGGGGAAGCCCCGGAAGCCCCGUGACGUCACGGCGGUGGGCGGGGCCUGGGCGCGCGCGGGUGUGACGUCACCUCCGACCGCGCGCGACAUCGCCGGUGACGUCACCGACCGCUCGCGACGUCCUCGGCGCAACCGCGCUCCAGGUGUCCCCGCGGCGAUGCUGCCCCGCCUGGCGCUGCCCCGGGCCCUGCGCGCCGUCCCCGGGGCGCGGCGCUGUCACCGUCACCGUCCCCCGCGGGACCUGGCUGUCCCCAACCCCGGCUGGAGCGAGCGCAUGCGGUGGCACUACGGUCACCUGCUGGACACCGCCACCGCCCGCGGCUGGACACGGCUGCCCAGCUUCCGCCGCGCCCGCCUGCACCGCACACAGAUGCCGGGGCUGGCCGGUGACGGUGAUGGUGACAGUGACGGUGACGGUGACGGUGACGGUGACACGCGGCUGUUCCCGAGGGCCAUCGAGGGGGACGGGGACGGCUUUGAGUUCGCCAUGUUCCUCAGUGUCCCCGAGCGCCGCCUGCGCUGCCUCUGCCAGCCCGGGCCCUUCCUGGAGGGACACCCGGGGCUGACCCAUGGCGGUGCCAUCGCCACCCUCAUCGACACCUCCCUGGGGACGCUGGCCCUGGCGCUGGCCGGGCGGGUGGUGACAGCCACCCUCAGCAUCGACUACGUGGCGCCUGUCCCCCUGCGCUCGGUGCUGCUCCUGGACGCGUUCCUGGAGCGCCGCGAGGGCCGGAAGCUCUUCCUGGGCUGUGACCUGAGGGACGCCGAGGGGGACACGCUGCACGCCAGGGCCACCGGGCUCUUCAUCCAGCAGGACCUUCCCAAGGCAGGGCAGGGACAGUGACCUGUGACUGUCACCUCUGUCACCUGUGUGUCACCAGUGACACCUGAGUGUGAC